AUGACUGAUGUUGAGAAGGUUGCGCCCCCGAGUGACUGGACAAACAACUACGAAGACAUGGGCGGGGAUAUGCAAUGGGGUGAAGAUGGCGAUGUGGCCGAGUUAGUCAAGGGAUAUGGUCUCGACGGCACGGUCAAACCCCUCUUUGCCAUGCAAUCCUACACUGGAGAGGCUAUAUCCCUUUUCGAGCUCAGCAGCAGCCACUACCUCUACAACGCCAUCGAAGGAUCUCUGUACCAGAUUCAUACACCUAAUGACCUUCAGACUAUCGUGACCACGAUUGACGACCCGGACAAGGGCAUGGGCGCGCUCGAAAUUGAGGCCCUCUAG